AUGCUCGCUCACGUCUUCAGACCUCCGGAAUUCAUUCCCUCUCCAGUCACUUCCCUAUGCUCAAACAACAGGAUCGUUGCCAUAUUUCGAAGAAACGGAAUGCUUGAGCUCCAUCAUUCUUCUUCUCUUCAGAAAUUUCUAUUCUUUGAGAUAUCUGAGGAAAUAGUCCAAUCCGCCUUUCUUGAUCUAAAUACCGUUAUAUGUCUUUCUAAGACUGGCAGAGUUGUCAUUUUUGAUACUUCAAAUCUAAAUAGGACUGUUCUGGACUUAGAUGCUACAAACAUCAGUGUGGAGUGUCAGAAGAUAGGCUAUGCACCAAGAUCCUUCUACUUUUCAAAUUCGAGAAAUGAAGUGUUUCAUUACCAAGGCAACAUUAAUAAUAUCAGCAACAAUAGCGUCGGGGAUAGCAUAGUUCAGAUAGCCACAGUUACAAGCAAAAUCUCCUCCUUACUAGCUGCAUUCAGCUAUAUCCUUAUUGGGACGUCAGAUGGCUGGAUAACAAUAUUACACAACAGUAAGGUUAUAACCGAAAUCGAAAUUAAGACCACUCCUAUUAAAUUUGCUGGUAUUAAUGUCAGUUCAUUUUGUGUUUGCGGUGAGAAUGGACACAUCUAUCUUAUAAAUCCCAUUUCCGAGAUCGUUCUUGAUAAAUUUCAUGUCAGAGAGCAUCCUCUCAACGAUCUAGUCAUUUUAAAUGAUCAGGUUCAUGUUUCGGGAGUCGAUUCAAGAAUCUUUUGUGCUAAAAUUUUGAAGAACAAAAUUGUAAAGGCUUUUCAGGGGGACCCACACAGCGCUGAAGUACUGUGCAUGUGUGUUGAUAAUGGAAGAGUGUUGUCUGGAGGUGAAGACUGCACUGUUGUCAUUAGUUCUACAGAGAUUGACAAGUAUACUUUUAGGAUUUUAUAUGAUUCGUCGGUACUGGCGGGAAGAACUAAGGAGUACUUCUAUACUGCCUACAGUGCAUCCUUAGACCUGUUCUCAAUUUCAAAUGAUAAAGAUACACACACUCCUCUUGAUAGUGAUGUUGUGAACUGUGAUGGCAAUGUAGAUGCAUCCAAUUUAUUUAACGAUAGUGCCAAUAAGCUUAUUACUUUUAGGAUCGAUGAAUCUGUUUUAGAAAAUAUCAAUCAAAAGACCACCAAGUUCAACCACUUCCUGAGCAUUAAGCAGAAAAACCAUAUAAUUUCUGCUGAUAUACACUUUGAUCAGCAAUAUGCCUGCAUUUCAACAUCCAAAAAGGCCAUCUUGUACAGUCUGUUUACUGGCUCCAAGCUCCACAUUGAAAAUCUAAGAGAGUUUCCGCCUGCCAAGUGGGUGAGGUUCUCCUCUGGUUUUCUAGCUCUUCAGCACUUUGACUUCACAGUAACAGUACUGAAUAUAGAUUCAUUUGAGGAACACCAUAUGAAGUACGAGGAUAUUAAUGAGAAAGUGGAAAUAUCAAACAAUUACCUUGUAUUUCCGGUCAAGGGCGAGAUCUACAAUCUCAGAACCCAUGAGAUGCAUCCAAUAAGCAUUGGCACGCCAGUUGUCUCUCAAUGCUUUAAUGACCAUAUUGUCUACCUUGUGGAAUCACCCGAUGGAUACUCAAAAAAGGUUAUCAAAGAUCACCAAUGCAUUGCUGAAGAGCCCAUCUCUCUUCCACUUGUGAACAACCAGAAUAGUACUUUGUUUAAAGAUAUUUUGUAUAUGGCUGGUGAUAAUGCAUUUUCUAAUGAAAAGUACAUAUUCUUACUACGGAAUGGUGCUAUCUCAACAUAUGAAAUAGGGCUGUUAAUACACAAUAUUGCUUUGUAUAAAGACAGCAUCGUGAUUAUUCAAAGUUCAUAUAAGACGCUGAGCAAGACGUUCAAGAAGAGUGUUUUCAAAGAGAAGUUUUCCAACAAAUAA